UUGCAAUCAAACAUACCCUAACUAAGUUCUUUUUUCUUAAGAAAUCAAACUUCCAUGCAUAUAGUCCAGUUUGACGGUUGGGUUUUUAUUCUGGUCUUUAAAUUCUUAAAAGUUAGUUCAUCAUCAUCAAUGCUUGUUUUGUGAAUUGAAGUAUAUAUAAAACCAGGCUUUGGGUCAUAAUUCAGUCAAGAAAAUCUGCUAAGCAAUGGCGAUUGAAGUUUUUCCAGAUAGUCCGAGUGUGGGACUGAGCCCCAGAAUCUCUUUUUCUCAUGAUCUUUCUCAAACAGAUGUCGUACCAGUCGAACAAUACAUUGGAUCAAGUUCAUCAUCAAGUUUAGAUUUUGAUUUUUGUGUUUUUAGAGAAAGUUUUGUGCAAGAAUCUUCCUUGGCCGAUGAACUUUUCUUCGAUGGAAAGAUUCUUCCCAUUGAAAUCAAGAAAAGACUAGCCCCGGCUGCCCUGUCAAAAAAGACGGCGCCACCGGUUUCACCACUAGCACCUCCUCUUCCUCCGCCAAUCUACAAUCAGAUUCUCGACUCUAGCAAGAGCUCGAAGAAAAGUCCUACAGAAUCAGAUGAAAAGCAACAUUCUUCCAAAUCAUUUUGGCGGUUCAAGCGGAGUACAAGUUUAAAUUGCGGCAGUGGUUAUGCUAGAACAUUAUGUCCUUUACCAAUUUUAUCCAGAAGUAAUUCAACAGGUUCAGCAUCAAGCAGUAAGCGUUCUUCAGUGAAACAAUCACAAUUCGUAUCACCAAAUUCAAAUACUACACACCAAAGGCCUCCAUUGAAGAAAACUCAUGCUUCUGCUUAUGCCAGCAUUAAUGGGAUUAGAAUUAAUCCGGUUCUUAAUGUUCCUCCUGCAAAUCUCUUCGGAUUCAGUUCGAUUUUUUCUGGUGGCAAGGACAAAAACAAAAACAAAAACAAAAAGAAAUCAAACACGUAUUAAUGAAGGAAGGGCAAUGGGGCCUAGGCUGGCUAGGCAUGCAAUUAUUCAAGCCACAUGCAUGCAGCUUUCUGUGUGACAGGAAACAGGCAACAUUUGCUUUCAAGUUAUGUCUUAUUGGAUGGAUUUUAUUUUUCAUGCUUUUGUUUUAUGUAUGCUCGCCCAUUCAGGUGUGUAUGGUAAUAUUUUAGUCCUUUUCUUUGUAUGGAGAAUGAUUUAUUAAACUUCAGUUUUCUGUUAAGAGAAUAAGUGCUUCUUUGGUUUUGUUACAAAUCAAAAUUUUGGUGAAUUUUGACGUA